GAUUUAUAUAGCUGUUAGUAACGGUAACUCUCUGCAUUAAUUCGCACUAAGUAACUUCCCUAAGUUGGGCAUGACUUCCACCUCCCAACCCAAGCUAUCCCUCCUCCAUCUCCUGCUCCUCCUAUCAUGCAUUGCCAUCUCCAAUCCUCUUGAUGAUGAUCGCCGGCCCUACAUCAUCCACAUGGAUCCGUCUGCUAAGCCGCUCCCCUUCUCCACCCAUGAAAGCUGGUACAACUCGAUCCUCUCGUCCCUACCCUCGCCGCCUGGCACCGCUCCCCCCCAACAUCUCUACACUUACAGCCAUGUCAUGCAUGGCUUCAGCGCUGUUCUCUCAUCGGCCCACGUCGAACACCUGGCUAGAAUUCCUGGGCAUGUCGCCAUCCACCCCGAUUCCUUCGGCCGGCUCCACACCACCCGCACCCCAAAGUUCCUAGGCCUCAACAGACAUUUGGGCCUGUGGCCCAUGUCCAACUUCGGGGAUGAGAUGAUCAUCGGCAUCAUCGACACCGGAAUUUGGCCCGAGAGCGAUAGUUUCGACGAUAAGGGGAUGCCACCCAUCCCUGAGCGGUGGAAGGGGACCUGCGAGACUGGAACUAAGUUCAAUUCCUCCGAUUGUAAUCGAAAGCUCAUCGGUGCGCGCUCCUUCAGCAAGGGACUAAAGCAGCGGGGACUUAACGUGUCCAAGACUUGGGACUACGACUCGCCGAGGGACAACUUCGGACAUGGGACGCACACCUCGUCAACCGCCGCCGGUGCCAGGUCCACAGGAGCAGAAUAUUUCGAGUAUGCGAAGGGCAAUGCGAUCGGUAUUGCACCAAUGGCCAGGUUAGCCAUGUACAAAGUCUUGUUCGCGGGCGAUACGUUCGAGUCGGCGGCCACCGAUGUGCUGGCUGGCAUGGACCAAGCCAUUGCUGACGGUGUCGAUCUCAUGUCGCUCUCUCUCGGGUUCCCCCAGACUCCGUACUACAGCAAUGUGAUUGCACUCGGAGCCUUCGCCGCAAUGGAGAGGGGGAUCUUCGUGUCAUGCUCCGCAGGCAACAGUGGUCCCGAUGGCUACACUAUAUUCAACGGGGCACCGUGGAUCACGACCGUUGGUGCCGGGACCAUUGACAGAGACUACGUUGCCUCGAUAACACUCGGACAAGACUUCGCAACCGUCCGGGGGAACUCGUUCUAUCCGGUGAGCUUGUACAUCUCCGGCGUACCGCUAUACCACGGCCUUGGCGAUGCUACUAAGGAGAACUGCCGCCAUUCAUCGCUUGAUGCCAAAGAAGUCAAUGGAACGAUUGUUUUCUGCUCGUAUAACAUCGAGAAUAAUGUCGAAGAGCAGAUAGGUGAGGUUGCAAGGAGCGGCGCCAAGGGCGCGAUCAUCGCCACCGAUCGGUGGCCUUUCAUGGGGCCCUCGGACUUCAGUGCGCCAUUGGUCGUCGUAGCACCAGAGGAUGAGAAGGUGAUCAAGGCUUACAUAGCGAGGACCAAGGGUCAGAACCUGACUGUGGACAUCGUAUACCAACUGACGGAGGUAGGCACCACGCCGGCACCGAAGGUGGCCGACUUCUCAUCACGGGGGCCCAACGCCAUUAGUCCGGAGAUACUGAAGCCUGAUAUCCUAGCCCCUGGCGUGAACGUUUUGGCUGCAUGGGCCCGGGCGCCUUUCUCAGCGAUAACGUCUGUUGGCGAUGAACCUCUGAUCUCGGACUACGUACUGCUCUCUGGAACUUCUAUGGCUUCACCGCAUGUCGUCGGGGUGGCAGCAUUGCUGAGAUCAUUGCACAGAGAAUGGAGCCCAGCAGCAAUUCGUUCAGCAAUCAUGACAACAGCCAACGUGGUUGACAACACGCACCAACCUAUCACUGAUCUGGAAACCGGUUUACCAGCUACACCGCUAGAUUUUGGAGCAGGACAUAUAAAUCCUAACAAGGCGAUGGACCCCGGUCUCAUCUAUGACAUAGGUUUCCAAGACUACGUCGAUUUCCUCUGUGGGCUAAACUACUCAAGCUCGGACGUCAGAAUUAUAAUUAGGAGAAGUGAUUAUACUUGCCAGGCUAAUCUUGAUCUCAACUACCCUUCUUUCAUCGUCAUCUCUGAUCGGAUGGCCAGCAUCGCUCGACGCAGCUUCAAGAGGGUACUGACGAGCGUCAUGGAUGGACCAUCAACUUACCGUGUGGUGGUUGCAGCCCCUGUGGGCAUGAGGGUGGUGGUUGAACCACAUACACUAACUUUUGAUGGGAAAUAUAGCAAGCAAGAGUUUUCGGUCAGUCUGGAGGUUGAAGUAAGGAGCAGCAGCCAAGGAAGCUAUGGAUUUCUCAGCUGGUCUGAAGUUGGAGGAAAGCAUGUGGUCCGGAGUCCCAUAGUGUUUGCCUUUGCUUCCUCAGCCAAGUAAUGGUGCACUGUCAAGCCUUGCAGCUUACCUCAUGAAAACCAUGUCAGUUUUCUUUUUCCUCUAAAUGUUUUCAGCGUCAUAAUAAAAAUUCAAGA